AAAAUCUUUUAACUAAAAUGAAACAAAAAAUCUGAAAUAAUAAGUUAUUGUAUCUGUAUAAUUAUCCAUAAAUAGUAUGAAUGUUUACCGACAGUAAAUGAAGAGAUUCUGUCUCCCAAAUUUGCCACUUCUCUCAAGCAAAGCUUUAUCCUUUUUCUUUCUUUCAUUCUCAAUUUUUCUUUUACUCUUAAUUUUUCAAAAUAAAAAAUACUCUUUAAUUAUUAUUUUUUUCUUGGAGUUGUACAAAUUUUCCUUGUAGGCCAAAAUUCCAGCUCAUUUGAAACCCAAAAACCUUCUUUACUCAUUUCACGACCACCUCGACGGUUCUUCUACUAACACACUCUAUUCCCUUCUGUCAUUUUCUUCUACUCCACAACAAAAAUAAAAGAGCCAUGGAAACCCAUUUCAGAUAACCAAACUAUAAUGCCAUUUCUCAUAACCAAAUUACUUGAACCUGCCGAAUCUUUACUUAAAGUUUCAAGCUUUAGUUUAAAAUAAUGGUGGGUCUGAGAGAAUCGUGGUGUUUUUGUAAGGGAGUGAGUAAGUCUGAGAGAAUGAAAGGUGCCAUUUUUACUAGUAAAGCUCCGGCCAUGGCUAGAAUCUCAGGUACCGGAAAUGAGAUCUCCGGUACUGGUUUUUUGAUUCAUAGGAACCUUCUUUUGACUACCCAUGUCAAUAUUCCUUCAGUUAGUGCUGCUGAAAACGCUGAGAUCUGGCUACAGAAUGGUGUAGCUUCGAGUCUUGUUCCUCACAGGUUUUUCAUUACCAGCUCUGUUUUAGAUCUUACAAUAGUUGGUUUAGAUACCAUGGAUGGAGAUUCAAAUGCUCAAGGGCAACAUCUUCACUUCUUGAAGACUUGUUUUAAACCAAGUCUGGAUCUUGGAAAUGCAGUAUACCUUUUAGGACAUACAGACAAAGAGGAGUUAACAGUUGGUGAAGGGAAGGUGGUGAUAGCCACUGAUAAUCUCAUAAAAUUGUCUACUGAUGGGAUAAUGUGGAGCCCGGGUUCGGCUGGUUUUGAUGUACAAGGCAAUCUUGCUUUCAUGAUCUGUGAUCCCAUGAAAAUAGCAACAUCUCCAACCAAUAAAUCCUCAUCCACAUCUUCGUCGUCUUCUUCAUCGUGGAAAAAGGAUCUUCCUAUGCAAUUUGGUAUCCCCAUUCCCAUCAUUUGUGAUUGGUUGAAUCAGCAUUGGGAAGGUAGCCUUGAUGAUCUUAACAAACCGAAAUUACCAAUCAUAAGACUGAUGUCUUCGGGCCAGAAGAGUGAACAUUCGUGUGCUUCCUUCACUUUGAGGCCGGUUUUCAAGUCAACAGAUGCAGAUCAUGAAGGCACGCCAUCUUCAUCUAACACCGUCUCAAAAGCCAGGGAUCAGGCUGGACCGAGCUGUUCUCCUGCAGCCAACAAUGUUGAAGAUGAAAUCAUAACAGAUUCUCAUACUAUGCAUGUACAGGGAAUUCCUACUCCAGAAAUUUAUGAAACCCCAAAGUUAAAUUCUGUUCCUCUUCGGAAAAAACAGUCUUCUCCAGUUCAGCUUUUGGAUAUCAAUUUCCCUCCAAAAAUGGUUAAACCUGCCCUUCCACAGCGGGCAGCUAAUCAACUGCCCCCAAAUUCGGGUGAGAAUUUUAUCAAGGAUCCUCCACUAGAGAAUCCAUUAGAGAAUCCAUUAAGAACAGAUCAAAUUAAGACUAGAGGACUAGCCAGUCCUGAUGCAGAUGCUGAAGUUUCUUCAACAGGUUCUGUUAACGGCGCUCUGAGUGAAGUCCAGUCUAGCUCGUCGCCUGUUGAAAAUUUAAGGGCGCAACAAAACGGUUAUAGCAGUGAGGGUGAGACAAUGUACUCUGCAGAAACUGCUGAGAGCCGAAAUUAUACAAGUCCUAGAGAAGGACAUUUUCAGCAAGUUGGCAGGAGCCAAAGCUGUGUGAGCUACAAUAGAUGGGGAACCGUCCAAAAAAACCCGAUGGCUCGCAGGGCUUUGCUCGAAAAUCAAAGUAGCUUCAUCCAUGGAAGAAAGAUGUAUUCUCAAGGUGCUACUUCUCAGAGAAGCAACGACUAUUAUAGCCCAACUGUAUCUUCAAUCAUGAAGAAGCGAAACAACUCGGAACAAACUAGCAGACCACGACCAAGUGCGUCGGUGCAACCUCGUUCCUCCUCACCAAAAUGGAACUUUUAAAUGAUUCUCAACUUGUGCAAUACGUGAAAGUCAUUGACAACAAAAGUUAAUAGUGUUUUACAGUUUCAUUAGCUGAAAAUUUCAUUUGAGAGUUUCAUUAGGCAUAAUGUAAACCAUAUUUGUUAUGCCUGUACAUGACACUGAUCUGAGGUGAAUAAGAAAAUUCGGCCAAAGUUGUGAUUUUCCUCCCAGUGAGUCAUGUUAUGAAUUCUUUUAUUGAUAAUAUUUCUCAGAAAAUGCUUACAUGGGAUGUUGUUGUCUUGUUGAUUA